GGGACGGGAGUCCGAGAGAGUGAAAGCCCGGGGCGGCGAGCACUGGUGUGGACGCGGGUCGUCGGGGAGGGUGUUCCGUGUAAGAUUAUGGUUUUUUUGGCGUCCGCCUCAGAGUAAGAUCCGCUCUCCCCGCGCUUCGCCUGAGCUUGAACCGACAAAGCGGCCAGAAUGGAGAUUGAAAGGGAAGUGAAGAAGAUGACCCUCGGGCAUGACUUCGGCGCGGGAGCAGCUUGUCUGAAAUGCAAGGACAAAUGCGAAGGCUUCGAGCUGCAUUUCUGGAGGAAAAUCUGCCGGAACUGCAAAUGUGGCCUGGCGGACCACAAUGUCCAGAUGAACUCGGAGGAGAACAAGAAAGUGGGGAAGCUGUUCGAGGACACAAAGUACACCGGCCUCAUAGCCAAGCUCAAAAAGGAUGGCCUCCCCACUUACAAGGGCAACAUGAUCACCGUCUCCCUCCCCAGCCCUGCCACUGCCUAUGUGGUGCCACCAAGUGUCUCCUCCUCCACUGUUUUGCCACCUUCUGCCUCUUCUGCCGGUGCUGUUCAGCCCAGUGCCACCGCCGGUAAAGUGCCCACAGACAGCCAGGCUCGGGGCUUGUCAGCCAGCUCCACCUCAGCCAAGGCUAAUGCAUUGCCGGUAGCCAUCAAUGCUGCGUCAGCCAGUGUGGUACCAGUGAAGACUGAUGUGCCCAUGCAGUCUGUGACCUACGAGUGGGCCCCCCCAGUGCCAAAUCAGUAUCUGGCAGUGCGUUACAUUGAGCUGCUCCCACCAGAGAAGCGACCUGUGGUCGGCACAGAGGGAGCUGCCUACCGCCGGCAGCAGAUGGCCCGCCAGCUGCCUGAGCAUGAUCAAGACCCAUCCAUGUGCCAUGAGCUGAGCCCUGCAGAGGUCAAGAAGAUGGAGCAGUAUGUGCGCAAGUACAAGGACGAGGCUCUGGGCGUGGGAGACAUCAGGCUGCCCGAGGAGAUGGCCUUGACCAAGGCUGGAAGCCAGGGAGGGGUUGGUGCUGGUGGACCAGGAGCCAAAGCUGGAGGGACUGGACCUGGAACUGGAGGAGCUGGUGUUGGUGGGGCUGGAUAUAAGCCUGGGGCUGGGGUAGCGGCUGGAGGUGCUGGUGCUAAUACUGGUUCUGGGGUUGGGGUAGGAGCUGGAGAUGCUGGUUUUGGGCCCAAAGCUGGGGCUGGAGUUGGAGUUGGCUAUGGGCCUGGAGUGAGGGUACCUAAUGUUGCAGCAGGUGCCAGUUCAGGGCAAGAACCAGCUAAUGGGGGUAGGGGAACAGGAGGUGGUGGUACUGGACCAGGAUCCAGGGCUGGACUUGCAUCAUCAUUUGGCGUUGGUACAGGAGAAACAGAGUCCAGACCUAUAAAUAUGGGGACCACUGCCACCGCAGGGGCUUUGAGCAGUCCUGGGACCCAACAAACUGGACAACAACAAACCUUUUCGUGCCAUCACUGCCAGCAGGCCAUGCGUCAAGGCGAGCCAGCGGUGUACGCCGAGCGGGCGGGCUACGACAAGCUGUGGCACCCGGCCUGCUUUGUGUGCUGCACCUGCACGGAGCUGCUGGUUGACAUGAUCUACUUCUGGAAGAAGGGGAAGCUGUUCUGCGGACGCCACUACGGGGACAGCGAGCGGCCACGCUGCGGAGGCUGUGACGAGUUGAUCUUCAGUAAUGAGUACACCCAGGCGGAGGGUCAGAACUGGCACCUGAAGCACUUCUGCUGUUUUGACUGCGACUGCAUUCUGGCUGGGGAGACUUACGUCAUGGAGAAGGACAAUCCUGUCUGCAAGCCCUGCUACAUGAAGAACUACGCUAUGAAAUGCACGGCCUGCCAGAACCCGCUGGAACCCGAGGCCCAGCGCGUCUCCUAUGGGGAACACCAUUGGCACGCCGAGCCCCAGUGCUUCCAGUGCUCCUGCUGCUCCAAGGGCCUGGUCGGCCAGCGCUUCAUGGCCCAGCAGGGCUUCCUGUUCUGCUCCGUGGAGUGUAAGAAGAAAACCAUGGCAUAGUGGAAAAAAAAAUACUUCCUUCCAGAACCACUAUGAGCUUUGUAUUAUGAGGUUUUGAGAGAGAUUGAAAGGUCUUGCUGGAUGUUAAUGAUGAUCAUUUUGAUGGUUGUGUGUUGAGAAGGGGAAAACCGGACUGCCAGGCAUCUGCUUGAUUGCUCUUUAUUAGAGACAGAGCAAUAUGUCAUUGAAGCUAUUGGGAUAUGGGAACUCCUUCCUUUGUUCUGUCCUUUAGGACAGUGUUUCUCAACCCUCUCCUGGAGGACCACUCGUCCUGCAUGUUUUGGAUCUCUCCCUGCUCCAAACACAGCUGAUUUAAAUGAUCAGUCUUGUUGUUAGGCAACUUCGGGAGCUGAUAACGAGUCGAUCAUUUGAAUCAGCUGUGUUGGAGCAGGGAGAGAUCUAAAACAUGCAGGACAAGUGGUCCUCCAGGAGAGGUUUGAGAAACGCUGCUUUAGGAGACAAAAUGUUCUGGCUUUUUCACAAGCCUAUUCAGGGUUAAGAUGUACCUCUGACAGACUCUCCGUUUCAAACCGGUUCAGAGCAGAUGAGCAAAUCGAUGUGGCCUAGUUGUCUCUUUGCCUUAAAACAAAUAUUUGGUAUCUUCUUUCAAUAGCCAGAUACUUCGGUUUCUUUAACCUGCACUGUUUGUUUUUUGUUUUUUUUUAAUGACUCGUGAGAUUAAUUUUGUAUUUCUUGGAGACUGACCUAGUUUGUUAAAUUCAAACCUGUCUGUCCAACGCUCAUGCUACUGUACCUGCAACUGCAGACCUCCGUCUUGAUUUUAUGUGUGACCCUUUUGCCGUUCCCUCCGUACAAUGUACUACUGAUAUUUACUCUAUUGCCCUGUGCAGUGAAAUAACUAGUAAUAUUAGUGUUGGGAUUCAUUUACCUCAAAUCUACUCUGUUCUGAUUGGUCAUUGCAGUGCAUGUGUAAUGAUGGCACAUUCGGUCUCAAUCGUGUGGUAAAGACUGAAAACAAAAAUCUGCUCACGGAAGAGGAUUACCUGGUUUUUGAACUGUAAAGUAACUCCGCUUCCUGAACUGAGCUAGGUAAACUGGCUCAAAGUGCCAAAAGUGCCAUAUUGGUAUUAAUUGUACUCUGCUGGUAUAACUGUUUUGGCUAAAAAGAGCCACCUAGUGUUUAAAUGGAGAGCUUGCAAUAAAAGAGGAGAGGUACUUGAAACUACAUGAGGAAAACGUGACAAUCCAUGUCUGGUCUUACACCCCACUGGACUUACCGUUGGCAUAACUAUGAUUAAGAUGUACAGCAGUUAUGGAAGGUUUGGAAAAAAUACCUUGGCACUUGACAACAUAUGAAUUAUGCAAUACCACGAUCACAAAUAACUUCUUUUUUUUCUACUGUGUUCUUUCUACUGAUAUUCAGCCUCCCCUUUUUCCAUGUUUGUGUUUUUGUACCGUCUAAUUUUUUUAUUUCAGGCUAUAAAAUGCACUUUAUGUUCUUUUUUUUUCCACAAACUCCUACAACCCAAUAAAUGAGCUUGCAA